AAAUAAUCAUUUAAACACUGUUCUUGAUUUUUCGAAUCUAUUUAAAAAAAAAAUACAAAAAAGCCUACUUUAACUUAAAAUAACAUCGAAAAUAAAUAAGAUUAAAAAAAAGAAGUUAAAACAAUAGAAAUAACUAAAUAGAGUCUUUAAUUAAAAAAUGAAAUUCCUAAAAAUCUUACCAUUACCCAAGAAGAAAUGCAACAAAGAAAAUUUCUUGAUUAAAAAAGAUGGUUCUGUUUAUCAAGGCCUUAAUAUUAACGUUCUUGUGGAAUUAGUAGUUUAAUGUCUUGUUGGAAUUAUUUAUAUUCGACUUUAGGUGUUGGAAACUUGCCUCCUAUAUCUGUAGAAGAGGCUUUAUAAAUAUUAGGUAUUGAAUAAGAAGGUAAACUUUUCGCAGAUACUGAAUUUGGUUCAUUUACAGGAAACGGAACUCUCAUUAGGUGGUUUAAGCUUAUUUGUAAACAUUUUUAAGUUGAUGGAACAGCUUUUAUAUUUUGGAAACUUUGUGGGGAUAAUGCUACUAAUGGAGUUGAUGAAAAAGAAGCUUUAUCAAGAUUAGAAGAAGGAUUAAGAAAUGAAAAUAUGACAUUUAUAUAUCAUGCUCAUGAUCAUUAUUUUUGUCCAGUUGGAUAUGAAAUAUGUCCUUAAAGACCAGUUGAUGCUUAUAAUAAAUUAGAUGAAAUCAAUCAAAAUGAAUUAGAUCAUUGGAUUUUUAUAGGUGAACCUAGUAAAAGAUACCCUGCUUUUCAUAUUAAAUUAUGGUCUGAAAUUGUUAAAGAUAUAUCUACUGGUAAUCCUUAUUAUUAUAAUAUUAGGCAUCCUGAAAAAGGAAUUAUGGAAAGAAAAGGUGAAAUUUAUAAAACUAAAAAGGCAGGAACUAGUAUUAAUUGUAUUAUGGCCUUUUAAAAAUUCAUUAAAAAAAGCAAAAAAGUAAAAAUUACUUAAGAAGCUAAAAAUAUUUAAGAAAUUUAAAAUGAAUAAACAACUUUAGAAUGA